AUGGCCGGGCCACCUUCCUUCCAGGCCGAUUACUACCAAAUCCUCAAUCUCCCUUUUUUGGAAGCGUCAACGUCUCCCCUCUCCAAGCAACAAAUAAAACUUGCGUACCACAAAGCAUUACUGAAGCACCACCCGGACAAGGUGGGUGAGGGCUCUAGUCUUCCAAAUGCGCAAGGCUCUUCGAUUGAGCAGAGCUCGACGGCCCAGUCUUAUACCAUUGAUGAAAUCACCACCGCCUACAAAACGCUUUCCGAUUCACGAGCCCGCGCGGAAUACGAUCGCACACUCCGGCUGGACCGAGCCAAAAUUGCAGAGCGGGAAAAAACCAGCGAUGUCUUCCAUACGGGCCUAGAGAUCGUUGACCUGGAAGAUCUCGCUUGUGAUGAAUCCAACGAGGAUUCGAUAUACUGGUACCGUAGCUGUCGGUGCGGAGAUGAAAAAGGCUUUACGGUUACUGAGGAUGACCUCGAGCGGGAAGCUGAACACGGGGAGAUCGUGAUCGGUUGCCGGGGGUGUAGUCUUUGGUUGAAGAUUCUCUUUGCUGUCGACGGUGGCUGA